GCACGUCCUGGGGUCGGCGGUGCCUGUGGUGCAUACGGGCUGUCCAUUAAUGGCCGCUCGGUACGGAAUGAGGAACUGGGAGACACUGUACCAGGGUCGGGCUGCUCCGUGCCGAGACAGGGCCCUUCCACCCCGAGCGCCGCGGGCUGGGUGCGCUUCGAGCCCCGGCGGGGUCUUUGCACAGGAGCCGCGAUUCCUGCCCUCCCAUCCCAGCAUGACUCCACCGGGAGCAGCGGUGCUUUCCCAAGACCCUUGAUCGUCGUUUGUGGUGAGAAAAGCCCUCGACUGUACUUGUUCCCUUGAGGGUUUCGGGUCCAUUCUGUUGCUCUGGUUGUCCGAGUGUUCUUCCAGUGUGGAGGAUCUUAUUCUGUGACUGUGGAGUGGGGACAGUUUCACUGCUGUGGGUUCGGCUGCUGACACGGAUGGGUCACAGUUCUGGCUCUAGGUACCCACGGUGCUGGUUUGCAUCCCUGGUGCAGCACUCCCAGCAGUCUUUAUGCUUCUGGAGUUGUUUGUGAGCCCUCAGCUUGGCUCUGCACAGUUCACCCGUGUAGGUGAACGACAGGUCAGGUAUAUGUCAGACCAAAAAGAAGGAAAAUCAUCUGUCCUCAGACUGACGAGUCCCCGCUGGGCAGCAGUGUGUCCUCCUGUUCCCCGAGACCUUCCUGCCUGGGGCUGUGAGACAGCCAAGGGGAUCAGGUGGGAUGAGAAUUCCCUGGAUGCUCUUACAAAACAACUGGUGCAGCAGAGCUGCCUGGAUAUGCCCUGGCAGUGCCUGUCCUCAGGGAGUACCAGUUAGGCUCCUGUCCCUUCUGUGCUACUGGUGCCCCCACGGCCCUGUGCUGCCCUGGGAACCAUCUGAGCUGGGAACCAGGCCAGACUGGGCUGUUCUGGCUCCCCGUCCUGGCAGAGCAGACUGGGACAGGGCCCUGUAGAAAAACUUACUGCUGGGUUACAUUCCAGCCCAGUUCUCUGGGUGGCUGUGCAGGCUUUCCCUGUGCGCGGGAAGAAGGAAGGGUGGGGACUGCUGGAACUGGCACUGCUGCGUCCACGGCUGCGCUGAGGCCUGAUGGAUGUCGGAAGCUGAUUAGCUCAUCUGAAGAUACUCUGACUAAUGCUGGCUUCGCUGGUGCCGUGGGAUGGGGAUUCCGGGUAUGGAGUCAAUGGUUCCUACUGUCUGCACAUGAGGGGCAUUCCCACUAGUACUUCUGCCUGGCAGGAGGUGGGGCUCACGCGUUAGCUGCUCUGUCCUGCAGAAAACAUGCUGAGAAUCCGGAAGAAACUUAUGGUUUGAGGGAGCAGUGAAAGCAGAGUGAGAAUUUCCAGGUGGAGUUUCAGCCUCCUGCUGCCUUCUACAGGCUGCUAUGAUCCUGAGGAUCUGCAGGGAGCCAGGGUUUCCUUCUGAAGAUCCAGGAGCCCUCCUGUACUCUGCCACCAGUACAGGCUGGGGUUCCUUCCUGCAGCCGUGGUAGUUCUCAGGGGGCUGUGCUGUUCCAUGGAGCAGUGGGAUACCCAGGACCUGCAGUGUGGGUCACGUGUGCGAGGAUGGCGGAGCAGGAGCCAACGGCAGAGCAGCUGGCCCAGAUUGCAGCUGAGAAUGAGGAGGAUGAACACUCUGUCAACUAUAAGCCACCUGCCCAGAAGAGCAUCCAGGAGAUCCAGGAGCUGGACAAGGACGAUGAGAGCCUGCGCAAGUACAAGGAGGCACUGCUGGGUGCUGUCACCGUGAGUGCAGAUCCCAAUGCUCCAAAUGUGGUGGUCACCAAACUGACCUUGGUCUGUGCUACAGCUCCAGGCCCCCUGGAACUGGACCUGACAGGUGAUCUGGAAAGCUACAAGAAGCAAGCAUUUGUGCUGAAGGAGGGCGUGGAGUACCGGAUAAAAAUCUCCUUUAGGGUAAACAGGGAGAUUGUGUCAGGGUUGAAGUACAUCCAGCACACGUUCCGGAAAGGUGUGAAAAUUGACAAGACCGAAUACAUGGUUGGGAGCUAUGGCCCCCGAGCAGAGGAGUACGAGUUCCUGACCCCCAUGGAGGAGGCCCCAAAGGGCAUGCUGGCCCGGGGCAGCUACAACAUCAAAUCCAAGUUCACAGAUGAUGAUAAGACUGACCACCUGUCCUGGGAGUGGAACCUGACCAUCAAGAAGGAUUGGAAGGACUAGCCCUUCCUGAGGCCAAAGCCCAGAGAGUGUGAAUCAGACAGUGGCUACCGUAGAAUUCCCCCCUGUACCAAAGUGCUGACAUUGGAACCCCCUUACCUGUCACCCCCAUUAUCAUUUGACCAGAGAGCUCAGUUUUUUAUGUGCCCCCUCCCCAGAGAAUUGCUGAGUGCAUUGACCAAACCAUGCUGUCUGCAUCUGGUCUCCAGCUGCCCCUCCUGGGGCUGUGCUGCCCCAACACUGAGGGGAGUGCCCACUCCCUUGCCAGGCUCUUUCUUGCUUCCCACCUUCCUUUAUCCAGGAGGUGCCAAAGGGGAGGAGCCCCUGUUAGGAUCCUGUGCUUGGCUUUCCUGUGCACAGCUCAGGGUAGCUACUGCCUCCAAGUAGCUGAAGAAUUUUGGUGCCAGGCAGCUGUCAAAUCGGUUUAUUGGCUCAAGUGUUGUCUGCCUGCCCUUCCCCCCCCCCCCCCAUUGUCCUGGGCAGCUUCAUUUGUGGAUGUUCCCUGUAACCAUGAUGCCUUAAAUGUGUAACAUGUAUCCUCUAGGGAGGGGGUCCUGCCUCUGUUACACUUUUUAAAUGCCACCUUGCCCUCCCCAUCUGUUGGCAUGGGCUCAGCUUGGUCACGCCCCUCAUGUGUUAUUAGGAAAGAUUCACAACUUCCCACUUCACUGCUGAUCUGUUCCUCACCUGAGACAGGACUUCUCCAGAGGGGAGAAGGUGUGACAUCCUGGGUGACGCCUGGCCAUCCUUCCUGGCACCCUGAGCACUGGCCUGGCUGGCCCCCAGCCUUGCCUGCACAGAGCCCCGAGCUCUCUGGGUGCCUCUGUGGCACAGAGGGGGGGGGGGGGGGGGGGGGGCUGAAGGGUAGGGCGGUGCAGGGGUCACCGAUGUUGCCAUCACCUCGCACUUCUCAUUGCAGCCCAGGUAGCUGCAAAGCACUGAAAUUCCAGGACAGGACCUGCCCUCCUGGCUGUUUUGGCCUGAGGAUGGAUGAGUCUGUCUCUGCAGCUGCUGCUGAUGUGAUCAGCAAAGAGCUUGCGAUGGACAAGUGUUCCGAAGCGGUUAAUGCCUUAUGUAUCUGUUCUGCCUUUAAAAUCCGUGCCUGGCCUCUCAGUAGUUAUUGCCUUGACACUCGGCUCCCCGUGCCUGCCACAGACCUGCAGCAUGCCAGCCUCCACCCUUGGCUGCACAGCUGUGGCUCCUGGGGCAGAGAAGCCCUAGGGGCCCCCUGCAAGACCCGGGGGGCUGGGCAGGCAUGUGCCACCUCUGCAGCCCUCCAAUUUGGAUCUACCACACUGAGGUUAAAACUGGGACCAAGUACAUGUGGCUUUCUCGUAGCUACGUCUUUGCCUCUAACUCCCCUCGCCCUGCCCCUAGAGAUUUUUUGGUUAAUUUGAUUUCGUGCGUAUUGUCUGUAAGUCCUAGACCCAGGUUAACAGGUUUGGAAUCAUCGUCUGCUUCUCCUUUUAUGACAGUUAAAUAAAAUCUUUGAACUGAC